CUGAUUAACUCAGCUUAUGGCUGUAUUUGCUGUGAUUUCCAUUUACUCUGUCUCUGAGAAGGUGGAAUCAAAACAAGGAAAACUACAUUUCCCGUCAUGCCUCUAGAAACUACUCCCGGUGACUCUCAACGUCCCGCCUGACUCACGCGGAAAUGAAAGGAUCACUUCCGGUUUUGCAACCCCGGGAACCGGCGGCGUUCAUCGGCCCUUUAAGGCCUUAUUCCGAAGCUCCGCCUUCGCUUGGGUCUUUCUGGAAAGGCAGCUUUGGUGUGGACAGCGGGACAGCGUCCCGGGCUCCUGUGUGUCUCCCAUGGCGGAUACGACCCCGAACGGCCCCCAAGGGGCGGGCGCUGUGCAAUUCAUGAUGACCAACAAACUGGACACAGCCAUGUGGCUCUCUCGCCUUUUCACAGUGUAUUGCUCCGCUUUGUUCGUUCUGCCUCUUCUUGGGUUGCACGAAGCAGCAAGCUUCUACCAGCGCGCUUUGCUGGCCAACGCUCUGACGAGUGCUCUGAGGCUGCAUCAGAGGUUACCACACUUCCAGUUGAGCAGAGCGUUCCUGGCUCAGGCCUUGUUAGAGGACAGCUGCCACUACCUGCUGUACUCCCUCAUCUUCGUCAACGCCUACCCCGUCACGAUGAGUAUUUUUCCAGUCUUGUUAUUUUCUUUGCUUCAUGCUGCCACAUACACUAAGAAGGUCCUGGAUGCAAAGGGUUCAAAUAGUUUACCUCUGUUGAGAUCUGUCUUGGAUAAAUUAAGUACUAACCAACAAAAUAUUCUGAAAUUCAUCGCUUGCAAUGAAAUAUUCUUGAUGCCUGCUACAGUUUUUAUGCUCUUUAGUGGCCAAGGAAGUUUGCUCCAGCCUUUUAUAUAUUAUAGAUUUCUUACUCUUCGAUAUUCCUCUAGAAGAAAUCCAUAUUGUCGGAACUUGUUUAAUGAACUGAGGAUUGUUGUUGAGCACAUUAUUAUGAAACCUUCCUGCCCACUGUUUGUGAGAAGACUAUGUCUCCAGAGCAUUGCCUUUAUUAGCAGACUGGCACCAACAGUUGCGUAGUUUAACAUCUAGUUAAGCUGUGUUUAGAAAAUUAGCAUUAUUAGCUGGUAAUUCUGAUAGGGGUCCCAAAUUACAGGUCUAACACUGACCUUAGUUUAAUUUACAUGAUUUACAUAAAUGCAUCUCAGUGCAAAAAUAAUAAUUUUCCUGGCAUGUUAAAUCAAGCCUUUAAUAUUUCUGAGAAAAUUUCACUGUACAUUACUGUUUGUGGUUAAGUAAGUUUGUAUUUACUGAUAAAUGUUACUAAAUUGUUUUAGAUGCUGCUGUGCCUACAUCAUGAAAUACAUUUAUUUCUUUUAAAAAGAAUUCUGAAAUUUGUUUCACCUUAACUAUUAACCCAAGUUAUGUCUGGAAUGAGUUUAUUAUGGCACUAGAUGAGUUGGGUAUAUUUUUUGACACAGUAUUUUCCAUUCUGUAAUUGGUUGAGAUUUUAGCAGAAGCACAUCCCCUGAAGUUUCAGUUCACAUUCUACUUGUGCUGCUUUCUAGGACAGAUGUGUUUAGCCUAAACCAUUACAGAGAAGUUCUGUAUGCAUUUUAUGACCUAUGAAGCUUUCGUUUCCAUAGUACAUCUGUGGCUUUGAAUGAUGUUUGAAAAAUGGAUCGACUGUAAACCUCUUUUGGAUUAGAUCUUUGGGGUCAUGUAAUAAUUUACUCUAGAAGACAGUAGUGUCACAGAGACCUACUGACUAACUUUUGUAAAUGUCAACCAGUAGAUUAUCAGUGUUGCUAUAGUUUGUAGGAUUAUGUAGUUCCAGAAUCUUGACUUUAGUUUUCUUGGUUUCUUAGGCUUGAAAUUUCCUAGCCAUGUGCAGCAGCAGUUCAGAUGCCUUUGAAAGGAUGUGAUUGAAGACAGCAUGUGAUUACACUUGUGUGUUCUGAAAUAAUGAAGAAUACUCUGUAGAUACAUGUUUACCCAGCAAAUAUGAUUCAGAGGGUUUAAUGGAAAGGGUUAUGGGUAAGGUAAUUAAUGGGGAGUGGGCCUGGGGUAUUCUAGCCUGGUAACACAUAGAUGAGUUGGGGGGAUUGGAUGUAUAAUGCAUCUGAGAGUAAGGCUAUAUAACAUGUUCAAUUCUUUUAAUUGAGUUCCCAUCUAUUCCUUUAUAAAAGUCAUUCUGAUCCUUAUUACUUACUGUUGCAUGAUUGGAAGUACUUAAAACACUGAACAAUUUUAGUAUAGAGUAAUGUAAUGUGGCUUUUAUUUGUACCCAGUUCUAUCUGCAUGUAAUUUGGAUUUUUCAAAUACAUUCAUUAGUAACUUAAAACAUCAGUUUUCUUUUUGUUUAAGUUCCUAAUCUAUAGAAAGGUGAUAGUCUUGGGGUAGAUUUCCAAAAACUACUACUUGAUAGCUUAGCUUUAACCAGCUACUUUUAUAUUUUUGUAAUCUUUAUCCACCAAGUUGGAGAAGCAACCUCAUAAUAUCCAGUUGAUUUUUUAUGUGUGUGCCUAGCCUCUUUAUCACUAUGUAAUCUGAUGGUUUUAAAAAUAUGACUUUGUAGAGCAAUAAAGUGACUAUCUUGUUAUGUAAGCAUACUGAUUUCUAAUGAUGUUUUAAAACAUUCUCUUGAAUGACAUCAAGUUCUGGCAGCUAAAGGCAUAUUUAUUUUGAAAUGUUUUUUCUCCUACAUUUUUUCCCCUAAUCUUGGAACAUUUUAGAUUUAUAAGAGCUUCAAAAAUAGUACUGAGAGUGCCCGUGCACCUCUUCUUGUCUAUUUUUAUAUUAGCAUCUUAUUUAAUUGGUAGGACAUUUAUUAUGCAAGGUAAAAUAAUAACUUUGGAUCAGCUAAAGUACAAAAUGUGUUUGUCUUUGACCAGUUUUUUCAUUUGUGUUGUGUGUGUGCUGUGUUUGUACCUACAUUGCCUUUUAUGUUUCAAGGCUUAUAUGUGAGUUUGUUCUUUAUUAUAUUGGUCCAAAAACUUUCCUUAGAAGAGCUAAGUCAUGCUGACUUUAACAAGAAUUUUCUUCUUAAAAUUGUAAUUUCAAAUGCUUAGUGAUAUAAUUAAGACUCUUUAAUGACAUUGCAGGAUUUCAUUAUUUCUAAUAACUUGUGCAUGAGUGGAAAUGUAGAUUUGUUCCUUAAGGGAAGAUGUAGUAUAUACUCAAGCCCAUGAAAAGGCAAAUUUUAUAAUUUGAACACUACUAGAUGUUAGUUUGCAUGAAGUUGCAGUUAGAAAUAUUAUACUCUGUGUGAAUAUGUACAAUCAGCUGAUCUCGAAUCUGAAAUUAGUGUUUCCAUUUACACAUGUCAAAACUUAUGACAUGGGCUAGUGCAUACAGAGGAUGUAGCAGAAGAAAUUUAAUACUAUACAGCUGAGCAGUUCAAAGGAAGUUCAUUUAUCAUGCAGAGUAUCUAGUGCUUUAGGACCUGGAAUGGUGCUGGUGUGUUUUAAACCUUGUUGGACAGGUGGAAGCCUGAGACAAGUCUGUUGUUUUCUAAAGAGCAUUCUAUUCCUUCUGUAAACCUCCUCUCUCAUCGAGUUGGCUGCAUUUUAAUAUUAAUCCAUAGAUCAGUUUCUUAAGUAUAAUUUGUAUUUAAAUUUCUUUGAAAUAAAUUUUCACUAAGGGAGAUGCUUUUAGAAGAAAAACAAGAGAGAGAGCUAAUUUUAAUGAUUAAGUUGAAAUGUUUGAAUAUAUUCCUUACAGAGAAUGUCAAGACAAGCUAGUAAUAAACCUGAAGUUCUUGAAAAUGAAUGGAUGCUGUGAAAUAAGAAUUGCAUAGUUCUCAGUAGGUAUAAAGAUGUAGACAAAACUUUGAAUCAGGUUUAUAAGUUUAGCAAAUAUCCUGAAUAGGAAUAGUAACACAAAACUGAAGCCAGGUCUCUAAACACUUCAGAUGGGAAAGUGAGCACCUGUGACUGUGGUUAAAACAAACAAACAAAGAAA